AUGGUUGAUCACCGCUCUGACUCCGAAGAAGGUUCGCGUGCUAAGCGUCAAAAGAUGGAUAAAACUGGCACGGAUCCCAAGGACAAUCCGUACCUGGCUCAUAUGUAUGCGGACACUUCGUCGAACGGCAACGAAUGGGUUGAAGAUAAGGAUUCGCCAUUUGCCAAAGUGAAGAGACAUCAGUCGACUGCCGCUCAGGCACAGAAGAUCGAAGAUGGAGACAUCAACCCUUUCAGCGGCCAGCCAUACUCCAGCAAAUAUUUCUCGAUUUUAAAAACUCGGCGCGAUCUUCCUGUUCAUGCGCAGAGAGAUGAGUUCCUUCAACUCUACCAGAAGUCCCAGAUCCUAGUCUUUGUCGGUGAGACUGGUUCCGGUAAAACCACCCAGAUUCCUCAGUUCGUCCUGUUCGAUGAUCAGCCACAAAGCCAGCGCAAGAUGGUCGCCUGUACCCAGCCUCGACGUGUGGCUGCUAUGUCAGUAGCGCAGCGUGUGGCUGCUGAGUUGGAUGUCAAACUUGGAGAGGAAGUUGGUUACAGCAUCCGUUUCGAAGAUAUGACGAGCCCCAAGACAUGUCUUAAGUACAUGACGGAUGGUAUGCUGUUGAGAGAAGCCAUGCACGAUCAUAACCUUAACCGUUACAGCACUAUUAUUCUGGACGAGGCCCACGAAAGAACCAUGGCCACUGAUGUUCUCAUGGGUCUUCUCAAAGAAGUCGUAGAACGUCGACCAGAUUUGAAGAUCAUUAUCAUGUCUGCCACCCUGGAUGCCCAAAAGUUCCAGCGCUACUUCAACGAUGCUCCUCUUCUUGCAGUUCCCGGUCGUACUCACCCAGUCGAGAUUUUCUAUACUCCUGAGCCUGAGCAGGACUAUGUGGAGGCCGCCAUUCGCACUGUCUUGCAAAUCCAUGCUACAGAGGAUGAUGGUGAUAUACUUCUGUUCUUGACUGGUGAAGAAGAGAUUGAGGAUGCUGCGCGCAAAAUUUCACUAGAGGCAGAUGAGAUGGUGAGAGAAGUCGACGCUGGCCCCUUGAAAGUCUACACUCUGUACGGUAGUCUUCCUCCGCAUAUGCAACAACGCAUCUUCGACCCGGCUCCACCACCGCGUCGUCCUGGAGGUCGUGCCGGUAGAAAGGUCAUUGUUUCCACCAACAUUGCCGAAACCUCGCUCACAAUCGAUGGUAUCGUUUACGUCGUGGAUCCUGGCUUCUCGAAGCAGAAAAUUUACAACCCUCGCAUCCGUGUCGAGUCCCUCCUAGUAUCGCCCAUCUCCAAAGCCUCUGCACAGCAAAGAGCCGGUCGUGCAGGUCGUACUCGUCCUGGAAAGUGCUUCCGUCUUUACACCGAGGGUGCUUUUAAGAAGGAACUGAUUGACCAGACGUAUCCGGAAAUUUUGCGGUCCAACCUUUCAUCAACUGUGUUAGAACUGAAGAAGCUUGGAAUUGAUGACCUUGUUCACUUCGACUUGAUGGACCCCCCGGCUCCGGAAACGCUUAUGAGAGCUCUUGAAGAGCUUAAUUAUUUAGCUUGUCUUGAUGACGAUGGCAACCUAACCCAACUUGGGCGUCUUGCCUCGGAGUUUCCUCUUGAUCCUGCGGUUGCGGUUAUGCUGAUCAGCUCGCCCGAGUUCUAUUGUUCAAAUGAAAUCCUGUCUAUCACAGCCUUGCUUUCAGUUCCUCAGGUGUUCGUGAGACCUGCAUCUCAACGAAAGCGGGCGGAUGAGAUGAAAAACCUCUUUUCCCACCCCGACGGUGACCAUCUUACUCUCCUUAACGUCUACCAUGCUUUCAAGGGCCAGGAUGCGCAAGAGAACCCCAAGCAGUGGUGCCAUGACCAUUUCCUUUCCCUACGAUCCCUCCAGUCGGCAGAUAAUGUGCGCAUGCAGCUCCUGCGGAUCAUGGAGCGCGAGGAGCUGGAAAUGGUUUCAACGCCAUUUGAGGACAAGAAGUACUAUGAAAACAUCCGACGCGCUCUCUGUGCCGGAUUCUUCAUGCAGGUUGCGAAGAAGGAAUCCCAAGGCAAGAGCAAAUACACGACUAUUAAGGACAAUCAGAACGUCCUCUUGCACCCGUCGACUGUUCUAAGCUAUGACGCUGAUUGGGUUGUGUACAAUGAAUUCGUGCUCACGACCAAGAACUACAUCAGAACUGUCACAGCAGUCAAGCCUGAGUGGCUCAUUGAUAUCGCACCUACCUAUUAUGAUAUCACGACCUUCCCCAAGGGCGAAAUUCGCUCCGCAUUGCUCCGUGCCGCAGAAAGGCUAUCUCGUAAAGAGAAAAUGCGUGGCGAUUCCAGUCGGAGGCGUUAA